UCCAUUCCGGAGUCCGGACACGACGAAUGCGUUUAUUGCAGGUUCGCUUGUAGCCCUAAGGAUCCGUUUAGUAGACCGGAAAUUACAGCGGCGACCGACGAUUGACCUCGCCGGAGCCAUCGUGAAAUUGCAAGAACGGAGAGAGAGAAGGAAGGAAAGACCAAGAAAGAGUGUGAAGCCUGCUCGGAGGCUGGAUUGAAAGACGACGCUGAUGUUGUAGAUCGAAGAAUUUAUCGAGAUUUUUAUCCAGUUCAUAGUUCUUUUAGAAUUCUGGAUAGCUAAUGGAUCGACAGUCUCAAGAUUAUGCAGCUGCUUCUGCUCUGGCUUAUGCCCAGCAGCAGAGACAGGCAAAUAAUCUGCAACAACAGCAGCCGUUUGGAUUUCAUGGCCAACAUCAACAAUUUCCUCCAUCUGUUCCGGGUCCCCCUUUCCUACGGCCACAUCUUGCUAUGCAACAGUUCCCUUACCACCACCCUAUGCAGCAGCAACCACCACUCCACCCACAUCAUCCACCUCUUCCUCACCUUCUUCAUCUUCAACAGCAGCAGCAGCAGCCACCACCAGCUUUUUCUCCUCACUUACCUCCUCCAAUGGGUCCAUCACCUUUCCAUGUUCCCUAUGAUUCUGCUCCUCCACCAUCAGUUCCACCUCCUUCGGACCCCGAGCUCCAAAAACGAAUUGAUAAACUUGUGGAGUAUAUCAUAAAGAAUGGCCCUGAAUUUGAAUCCAUGAUACGUGAAAAGCAACAGGAUAAUCCAGCAUAUGGCUUCCUCUUUGGUGGGGAGGGGCAGAGUUACUAUCGUUAUAAGCUUUGGCUAAUGACUCGCCCACAUCUUUCACCCUUCAAUUCUCCCUUCUCAUCUUCAUCUAUGCCCACGUUGCACCCUCUUCCAAAUCCUAUGACAAGUCCAUCUCCUCUUAAUGCUCCUCCAUUGAAUGCUUCUGCAUCGAUAAUUGGGGUUCCUCAAAUGCAUCAAACUCCUUUUGCUUCUUUCUAUGAGCAACAGCACCAUCAACAGGCUUUUGGUGUGCCUGGUCGAUCAGACUAUGAUCAACCUUCAAAAUCUUUUGAAGGGCUUUCUGGACCUCUCCCUUCUGAUGUUGCUUUGGAGCUAAACAAUGUGCUUAGUAAUCUCACUGGUUCUAAAGAAUCGAUUAAAAGUGCUAAAACUUGGUUCAUGCAGCGGUCUCCUUUUGCUCCAGCUAUGGUUGAGGCACUUAGAGACAUGAUAUUUAACAUCGAUGAUUCCGAGAAGCAACUUCAUAUUAUAUACCUUGUCAAUGACAUUCUUUUUGAGAGCAUGAUGCGAAGAAACAAUAAAAAUGACCUUGACAACGAAGCUCUAGCUUUCAAACCAGUUGUAGGUUCCAUGCUUGCAAGAGUAUAUCACAACCCUCAAAUCAAGGAGGAAAGCCAUUUGAAAUUACAGAAGUUGGUACAGUUCUGGGCGUCCAAAGAGAUAUAUGAUCAAGAUACUAUUAAAACACUUGAGGGUGAAAUGAUUAAUGGAAUACCAACUAAAACUUUGCCAGGGCAUUCAAAAGAGCUGCCCUCUUCAGUUGAUUCAGCUGCUGGAUUAACACAACAUACAAAUAACCAUGCCAUGAACCAAUGGCAACCUGACAGGCAAGUCACCAUUCCAAGUUUUCCUGAUCAAGAGCACCCCGAUAAGGCUGUCGCCUCGGGCCAAGUGCUGCCAAGACCUGUAACGCCGCAGCAAUUUCUACCAACUGCUGCUUUCGUAAACUCCAUUCCCUUACCAACUUCUGUUCAACUACCAAACCAACGUCCCAAUGCCCAAUCAAUGCCACCACAGCCUGCUGCUGUGGGUGAAAAAUUGCCUCCUUAUCCUUUGUUUCCUCCUGGUCUUAUUCCUGGAAUGGUGAGAAAAAUGCAGAUUGGAAGUGGAGUCCCAUACUCUCCCAUGAGCCCUUUGGAUAUUCCAACUAUUAUUCCCCCACCCAAUAUAUCUCCCUCUGAAGUUCUUGAGAAAGUGUCUAAGUUCUUCAAAGAGAUUGGAGAGGUUAAUCCCUCAGAAGGACCAAUGAGCUCCGAUUCCAAAGACGACGAUUAUGAAUACGAGAGAGAACCAGCAGUACGUAAGGGUGGAGCUUGCAUUCCUCCUCCUCCCAACCUUCAGGUUGACCCAGAGACAGGUGCGUAUGCCGAUGGAAGUGUAGAUCGAAAAGGCUUGGGAAGGUUAGGACUAGGGGCUACCGCCAAUCCGAAUGAGGAUAGUCAAUAUGAUGAUGUUUAUACUUCUUAUAGGAAGCAAAGAAGUACCAAUUACCACUCUUCUUUGAGUACUAGGGCCACUACAAAGUGAAAAGAAACUGUUCAGUUUACUACUAGGAGUAAUCCUGUAUAACAUGCCAGCCCUUUUCUGUUUACAGAAGUUGCUGGAUUUCAGAUCGGAAAUUUCACCGUUAUUAGGUCAUUAUCAUUGGGCAGGAAUGUUCUUCUGAGCUGAUUGACGAUAUGCAACGAGGUUGCUUUUUUAGAUUGGUUUCUGUAGUAUAUUUGAAUACAGUUGACUGACUCGAUUAUAUUGGAAAUAAUUUGA